AUGUUAGGAGGCAUUUACUAACCAGAAUUCAAAGAUAUGGAAAUUGAUAAUAUACACUUAGAGAUAGAACCUAAAUUAGUGAAAACCUGUUCUUAAAAUCCUGAAGAAGAACUAGAUACAAUAAUGAUUGACACUACCACAAAAUUCGAUGAGAUUUGUUUGUUAUGUUCUGAAAAAUUAAGCAAUGAAAUGCUUAGCUUCGAUCUAGUCCUUUUGGAGUACGGUUGCAAUCAUAGAUUUCAUUAGAUAUGCGUUAAGCAAUUUGUUUGCGAGUAGGAGAAUGAAAUGACUCAGCCAAUAGCGUUCAAAUGUCAUUAAUGCGAGUUUAAGAUUCCUUAUGAAUAGUUAAUUGAAUUGAAGAGAGUUUUUGGUCAGUCAGAAGCCACAGCUCAGAAUUUAGUUAUGAUAGACGAGCAAUCAGAAAAUAUCAACUUAUAAAAAGAGGAAUAAGUUUAAGAGUAAGUUGUUGCUGAAGUUAAAAUGGACGAGAUGGAUAUAGAAGUCUAGAUGUCUGAACCUGAAAUUAAAGUUAAUCUUGAGAUUUAAGAAGAACCAAAAUGCUUAUGCUAAGAUAUAAUGGUCGGAGAAGAUAGAGAAGAUUUUGAUUUUAAAGAUAGACUUGGUAACAAGUUUUUAUCAGAAGAGGCUGUCCAACACUUAAGAAAAUUCAUUGUAAGAUGUAAUCUCUGUGCUGAUACCCAUUGCUCAGAGUGUUAAGAGAAGCCUUAUCACUUGGGGUAUACUUGUGAGACUUAUAAAAAGCACAUUGAGGAGAGAGUUUGCAGAUUUUGCUAAGAAAAGUAUCAAUAAAAUGCACUUAUCAGUGAGCAUCCUGUGUUUGAUGAUGUUUGUAAAAACUGUGAAGAUCUUACUAAUUAGUGCUGUAUUAAACAACAUCCUAAUUGCAAUCAUAAGUGUUAUGGUUCAAGAAAUGAAAUAGUUUGUUUACCUUGCCUUCAUCCAGAAUGUGUUAAAGCAGAUGAGACUAAAACUCUCGGAAUCGAUGGAAACAGCACUUGUCCAGUCUGCUACACAGAGACAUUGAGUCAGGGAGAUUCAGUUUAGCUCAACUGCAAACAUUUAUUUCAUAGGAAAUGCAUAGAAACAAUUUUGACUAACAAACAAACUGACCCUAGGAUUUCAUUUGGAUAUUUAGACUGUCCAUGCUGUGGAAUUUAAAUGGAAGGUGCAAACUCGCCUGCAAUAAUCGCACUUUUAGAUGAGGGUAAAAAUCUCAUAAAGACAAUUAUUGAUAUGUCUUUACAAAGAGCAGUCAUUGAAGGUAUCGACAAAGAUGAAAGAUUAACCAACCCAGAAGAUAGAUUCUACAAUGACCUUCAGGAAUAUGCCCUCUAUAAGUUAGCUUUCUAUGAAUGCUUCAAAUGUAAGUUACCAUACUUUGGUGGCAUGAGAGACUGUAUAUAAGAAGCUCAACAAGAUACUCAGCAUAAUAAAGAAGACUAUAUGUGCGGAAAAUGCAAAGCUUUAACUCAUUAAUACGGACUUACAAAUUGUGAUACUCACGGAGAGGAUUACAUAGAGUAUAAAUGCUAGUACUGUUGUGAAUUAGCUACAUGGUAUUGCGAAGGGUUAGCCAGAUUUUGUAAUCCAUGCCAUGACCAUGCUUGUGAUAACGAGAUUUUUCCUUGUAAAGGACCAAAGGAGUGCCCACUUAAUGGAAAUCAUGAGCCAAAUGGUAAUGAAUAUGCUAUUGGCUGCAGAUUAUGUAGAAUUGAGUAUAUUAAGAAAGAGAAUAUAGAUGAAUUUUGA